CUCUCGACUUUGUGACAGCUGGAGGCGCGAGACGCUGCAAGCGUGGCGCGCCGGUUUGGUAGCACCAAAUGGUGCCUCCCACAGAGACACAAAACGACGCGUAAUUGCCAGAUCGCUGCCUUAAGUGUUGCGCAAACUAAAAUUGAGAGCGAAACCUUUUCGCCCACGGGGGCUCCACGCGAGCUGAAAAAGCCGACCGCGACACCGUACGCGCGGCCUCGGGGCCUCUCUCAUGAUGGCAAACGUGAGCAUGGCGCGGCGAUGCGCAUCGCUGUGUUUAAUUAGCCCGCACGCCACAAUCUCAUUCUGGCACGACGUCCUUGGCCUCCGCAUCACCCUGUUGGUUCAUAUAUGGCUGGCAUUGCUGGAAGUUUCGGUGGAAGCUUGCUUCUUUCGAACCCUAACAGCCUUGAGCAAGGUCUUCUACAUAACGCGAUGACGCAUAACCCCGUAUCAGACUCGCUCAGCGAGCCUCUCCUGCAAGGAGGCGAGGAGCCCCAAUUGGGCCACACCGUCGUGCAGGUCUCAGCGACGGCGGCCACUUCGAACGGCACAGCGCAUCCAACUGGUACAAUCCAAAAAACACUUCAGCGCAAGGGCAGUGGCGACAGCGACGGUCGACAGGCUGAGUCGUUGAGCGUGUCGGUUCGGCGGUGUUCAACACUGCAAACCACUGCGGCACUGCUAACGCUCCAGCUGGGCUGGGGCCUGUGGCUACUUCCAUGCGACUUUGCACGGCUGGGCUGGGUGUUCGGCAUCGUUGUCCUGGCUCUGCUCGCCAUCGCGACCUCCUACUCGGGCUCCCUCUUCACGCGACUCUAUGGCGCGGUGCCGCAGGCUGUCCUGUUUGGUGACGUCGGUGACGCCGCCGCCGGGCGUGUCGGCCGCAUCUCCGUCUACAUAACCAUCUACAGCCUGGACGCCACGCGCUGCAUCAUCUUGCACCUGGCGGCCACACAGUCGCUCUUCCACGCCCUGUCGCCCUCGCUGCAGCAGGUGCUGCCGCUCUGGCAGUGCUCCGUAAUCGUUGCGGUGGUGGUGCUUCUACUUGGGCAGAUCCGGUACUUGACGCAGCUGUCCUGGUUCUUCAUGACCGGCACUGCGGCGCAGCUGGUUGCCAUCGCCAUCGUGGUGUACGACAUGCUCCUCUAUCGCGGAUCCCCCGGCGAGGGCGGUGACGCCAGCGACGCCGCGCUGCACCUGGGCGCCACCCUUACCGCUGAGAGGCACCAGGAGCUCGUGUACGACAGCCCACUCUUCCCCUCGGAUGUGUCGACCAGCAACUGGACCCCCGCAGCCAUGGCCGUGCUCAACAUGAUUUUCGCAUACGGCGGCCAGUUCGCCUUCCUGGAGAUCAUGUCCAGCAUGCGCACGCCCAACAACUUCAGCAAGGCAGUCAUGAUGUGCACCGGCAUCAUGACCGCACUGUACGGCGGCUUCGGCGCCAUCGGGUAUUGGAGCAAGGGCGCGAGUGUGCACGGCAUUGCCGUGUUCAGCAUGCGUGCCGGUGUGCUGGCACAGAUCGCUGCUGCCUUCAUCUUCUUCCAGGCGCUGGCCCAGUACCUGGUCAACCUGAACGUGUGGACGCACAACCUGCUGGUGCUGUCGUCACGCCGCAGCAAGCGCCCCAGCAACAGCGGCGAGCUGUGGGACGAGGACAACUCCCGCGCCGGCCACAUGAGCACUGGUGACCACUCGAGCGGCCACUGGCUGGCGGCGACUGCCUUCGUUGCGGCAUACUCGGCCGUGAUCGCGGUGGCGGUGCCCUUCUUCUGCACGCUAGUCGGCCUGGUCACCUCGGUGACCUACCUCACCACCGCCUACACGCUGCCCGCGAUUUUCGCGCUCAAACUCUUCCCCAACAUGAACACCGUGGAGAAGUGGUGGCUGAAGGCGCUCAUUCCGAUCUCCAUCAUCCUGAGCUUGAUCGGAUUCGUGGCGUCCAUUAAGACGUACAUGAUCGAGGCCUCAGGCGGUGAGGGCAUGUAAGGGCACGGUCUAGGCAUACAUACGUAAGGGCGCGGCGUGCGUGCAUGGAAAUAAUGAUGGCCGGUUGGCCACUGAUGUGCUUCGGCGUCCUCCAAACGGAGAAUGCGGCCACGAUGCAUCUACGCCGCCCUAGAGAGUUUUGUGGAUGAAGCCGGCACUGCACUCUUCGAGUGCAAUACUGGGCCGUGCAUUUGGCAAGGCGGGGUCGCGAAGGGUAUGUGGUGAUGCUCUGCGCGCCCGUCCCGGGGUGUUGCGGCAUCGUGCUCGUUGUGCCGGCGCCAUCGCACGGAGGCCGCGACAGCGAAAAAAGCAGCUUGCAAAAGCGGGGUUGCCAAGUUUUAGGGUGGUCAUUUCUAUGCAUAUGCUGUCGGGGUGAAUUGUGUUGCGCGUGUUCGCAUACGGUGGGAUGAAGCCAUUGGGACGCGCAGCGCUGCCUGGGUUGGACAGCGGCGAGAUGGUUAUUGCGCAAUGCUGUCUUCGCUGCGUUUGGAGGGGAACAUGCAUUCUGAGGGCGUUGCAGGGACACAUGGAGGUGGGCCGCACGCAGGAAGACGUUUGUCAGGUACACGUGAGGAGGUGUGACUAAUGAACAACGGAUCAGGCAGGCGGCAUCGCUCCGUCAGACCCAAUGGAAAUACGAACGCGCUGCAACCUCGUCGAGGAGGUCGCAUUUGCGUUGGCGGUGAGGUAGGAACAGACGCGGUGCGUGAGCUCCAAGUUUUGCUGCGUGAUAAUGUUUCUGUUGCGCCCACUUUUGCAUGCAGUUGCUUGGGAGAAGGGUAGCGCUGGUUACGGUUGGGGUGUAGUGUAUGGCUGCCAUAUGUCGAUAGAGCGUGGGACUGUGGAAAGAGUACAACGUAAGUUCAGGCGGCAGGACCUGCGGUCUUCGGUGUGCUUGAGGCAAACCAUGAUCAAACCUGUCUACACGAAGUGGUUCCCUGUCUGGCGGCAGGAGGAAAACCCGUUUGCCACGGGUCUGGAACGCAGCAUGGGGACGCUGGCCGCCACGAGUGUUUGCGGAAGGGCCGAGGAGCGCCGGGAAUGGAGUGGCGUGGGAGGGGGAGAGGACGCCUGCCGUGUGCACAGAUUCAAAGCACCGUUAAGCGUUAUCAGGGGUGCAAGGUUCCGUGUGCACGGUCAGGGGUGAUGCUAGAGCAAGUCGCCAAACGCUAAACCCUAGUUAUUUCAUUCUUACUAUCGUGCUAUGUAGGAGGCGCUGUGUGAAUGCGCAUGGUAAGCCGGCGUUCCGCGCCACGGGCUCACCUGUUCCGCGACGAAAUGGGGCAUGUGGCAUUUGCUGCACUGCUGCGUCCCCUGUCCGUGGCUGCGUGUGCGUAAUGAACUGCAUCUUACGGGAAACUUCUUGUCCAGAAGCGAACUGUAAAGAUCUGGGUAC